AGUUGGGGUAGUGAGGAUAAAAGAAAAGGUUUGUAAUCAUUUUUUGAGAGCAUUGCCUAAGAACAAAAACAAAUACUAGUAUAAAAUAGAAAGUUGUUCUUUAAAUUAGAACUGUAUCCAGAAGCGUUAUUUCAGGUUAUAGAGCUUCAACAACAACAGAAGUUCUGCAAUUCUCCAAAUUUGACGAUUCCUGGAAAAGAAGGGUCACUUGCACACCUACUUCUGUUUAAAGGAAAAUAAAAAGAGGUUCUUUUGUCAGUAGGAAAUAAAUUCCUGUGUUCAAGAAUGAUCAACCAGUUUAGUAAGAGAGAAAAAAAAGUUGGAAGGCCGUAUUGUUUCAAGCUGCUUUUGAGCAUUACAAGUUGACAACCACUGCUACAAUUCCUUGAAUCUAUUUACCAACAAAUUUCCAUUGGCUUCAAUGAGUACUCAAGAAGCCUCACGGUUGACAUCAUCUUCUUCUUCUUCUUCAAGAUCGUGGAUAUAUGAUGUUUUCCUUAGUUUCAGAGGCAUGGACACACGCAAUACUUUCACGGACCAUCUAUAUGCUACUUUGCAACGCUCAGGUAUUUACACUUUUAGAGACAAUGAUAGGCUUGAGAGAGGAAAAUCCAUUUCACCAGAACUCUUGGAAGCAAUAGAAAAAUCUAGAAUUUCUGUUGUAAUUCUCUCAAGAAACUAUGCAUCUUCAACAUGGUGUUUGGAUGAACUUACAAAGAUCAUUCAGUGCAUGAAAGUGAUGGGAAUGACAGUUCUACCUAUAUUUUAUCAUGUGAACCCAUCUGAUGUACGCAAUCAAAGAGAAACUUUUGCGCAAGCCUUUGCUGAGCAUGAAGAACGUUUGAAGGAUAACAUGGAAAAGGUGCAAACUUGGAGGGCUACUUUGAGUGAAGUGGCUAAUCUCUCUGGAUGGCAUUCACAAGAUAGGCCAGAGACAGAAGUUAUUGAAGACAUUGUGAAAGUGAUAUUAAAUAAACUAAUUAAUACAUGCUUAGUAGAUACCAAGGGACUAGUAGGAAUAGCUUCCAAAGUUGAGAAAUUGAUGUCACAUUUAGCUAUGGAGUCAAAUAGUGAUUGGAUUAUAGGAAUUUGGGGGACUGGAGGAAUGGGUAAAACAACUCUAGCAAGGGUUGUUUACAGUAUGAUUUCCAAUCAAUUUGAAGCAUGUUGUUUUAUUGCAAAUGUCAGGGAAGUUUAUGAAAAAUAUGGCAUACUUCAGUUACAACAAAAACUUUUGGAAGAUCUUUUGAUUUUUAGAGAUAUUAAUGUAAAAGAUGUUGAUAAUAGAGUUCUCAUGAUCAAGAAUAGGUUACGUCACAAAAAGAUUCUUCUUGUUCUUGAUGAUGUAAAUGAAUUAGAUCAAUUAAACAAAUUAUUUGUGGAGCACAAUUGUUUUGGUCCAGGUAGUAGAGUUAUCAUAACAACAAGAGAUCUGCAUUUGCUAAAAACAUGUAAAGUAAAUAAAAUAUAUGAGAUUGAAGGAUUGAGUUAUGAUGAAGCUUUUCAUCUUUUUAAUUCAAAAGCUUUUGGCCAAGAGCAUCCUCCUGAAGAAUAUCUAGGGUUGUCCCAAGCCUUUGUAGAUUAUGCUAAUGGCCUUCCUUUAGCCAUUGAGGUUUUGGGUUCCUUUCUGCAUAAUAGAAGUACAUAUGAAUGGAAAAGUGAAUUAAAUAGGCUUAAAGAAUUUCCUCAAAGAAAAAUUAUCAAUGUACUUCAAAUAAGUUUUGAUGGACUAGAAGAAAUAGAGAAGGAAAUUUUCUUACAUAUAGCAUGUUUCUUUAAUCAUAAAAAUCAAGAUACUAUUAAAGCAAUAUUAUAUUGUCUUGAACUUUACCCUGAAAUUGGAUUAAGGGUUCUUACUGAUAAAUCACUCAUUAAGUUUCAAGACAAUCGAUUGUGGAUGCAUGAUUUAAUCGAAGAAAUGGGUCGAGAUAUAGUUCGUAGAGAGUGCCCGAGAGACCAACCUGGGAAGCGUAGUAGAUUGUGGUUGUAUAAAGAUAUUGACAAUGUAUUGACAAAUAAUACGGGAACAGAAGCAAUUCAAGGCAUCUUCUUACCAUUUCUAGGAACAAAAGGGGCACAUUGGAAUCCUGAAUCAUUUUCAAAGAUGAAUCGUCUAAAACUCCUCAUAAUUGAAGAUUCUUACCUCAUGUAUGAUCCCAAAAAUCUUCCUAAUGGCUUAAGAUAUCUUAAUUGGCGUGGAUACCCUUCAAAAUAUUUGCCAACAAGUUUCCAACCAGUUGAGUUAAUUGAACUUCACAUGUGUUUUAGCAACAUUGAACAACUUUGGAUAGGAUCAAAGGCUUGGGAGAUGUUGAAAAAGCUUACUGUUCUUGAUUUAAAAGGUUGUAAAAAUCUCAAAAGUCUUCCAAGAAAAUUUGAGAUGGAGUCUCUAAAGAUCCUUAUUCUUUCCAACUGCUCAAAAAUUAAAACAAUUCCAGAAUUUGGGGAGAAUAUGGGAUGUGUAAUAAAACUUUACUUGAAGGGCACUGCUAUUACAAAACUACCCACAUCAAUUGGGAAUUUGAGUGGCCUUGUUUCAUUGGAUGUAAGUGAUUGUAAAAAUCUUACGUCUCUUCCCAGCACCUUUUUUAGUUUGACGGGGGUUAAACAUCUCAAUCUUUCCGGCUGCUCAAAACUAAUAGAGAACUUGGGGCGUGGUGAAAGUUUUGAUGGGAUCGGACAGAUGCCUUUUUCUAAUGCCAUGUUCAAAACUUUAAAAAAAAUAGCUUUCGGUGGAUUUGAGCUUCUCCCUCUUUAUCCAUUGUCGAGAAGUUCCAAAUCCAUGGGCUUGCUAUUGUCUUCUCUAUUUGGUUUGUCUUCUUUGACCCUUUUGGAUUUAAGUAAUUGCAAUCUCAAGGAAAUCCCCUAUGAUAUUGCUUGCUUAUUCUCUUUAGAAGAUUUAAUUCUAUGUGGAAAUAAUUUUAGUUGCCUUCCGGAAAGCAUCGCUCAACUAUCUAAUCUGAUUUGUUUGAGGGUGGAUAAUUGCACGAGUCUUCAAUCCUUUCCAAAGCUUCCUUUAAAUAUGGGUUAUGUUCAAGGAUUUGGUUGUUCCUCAUUGGAAACGGUACCGGAUCUGUUGAGACCAAAUUCUUCGUUUAAGCCAAAACUCGCUCUUUCAAAUUGCAGCAAACUGACUGGCAAUCAAGGAUUCAUUGACUUGUUUUUUGCAGUUAUAAAAAAGUCUCCUCAGGGACUCUCUCCUAACUGUGAUGGGGAAUGUUAUGAUGUUUUUUUCCCUGGAAGUGAAAUGCCAGAGUGGUUUAGCCAUCAAUGUAUGGGGAAUGAAGUGAAUAUAAUGGAACCUUUUUCUCAUUUGUGUAAUGACUGGAUUGGGAUUGCUGUUUGCGUUGCAUUUUGUUCUCUUUCAUGUCACCAAAUUAAUAACGGUCCAGUUCACAUGUGGUUGAGAGUCAAUGGAAAAGAUAUGUCUUUUGUAGAUAUAGAUGGAAGACUUUCGGGUAAUAUGGUUGCUUUAUCAGAUCAUAUUUGGCUGUUGUAUUUGCUUCCUGAAGCCAUCUUGGAGGAGGACAGAAAAUCAUUGUGGGAAUGUGAUGCAAAUGGAUUCCGUGAGAUUGGAAUUAAAAUUGAUAACACAGAUUCAGGCUUUGUGAAGAAAUGCGGGUUGCGUGUGGUAUACAAGAAAGACAUUGAAGAUCUCAAUGGUAAUGCGGUUCAGUGUAGCAACAACAGCAUCAUUCCUUAUGAGGGCUUGAAAGAGUCCCUGAAUUUAUGGCCCAUGGUAAAUAUUAUGAGGAGUCAAGUCGGUACAAGGAAUGUGGUGAAGAGCUAAGCAAUUGGCAGGAAUUACAUGGUAACUAACAGUUCAAAAACAAAGAAAAGCCUCAACAGCAGCAAGAUAAGCAAGUCCACACCUUUAGAGAGUGUUCCAACUGGCAACCAACCACGUUGGAUGAGAGCUGCAAGGGUAAGAGAAGGAAAGGGGAUCCAGUUUCUUUCUGUAAAAAUAGAGGUCCAUGUCUGUGGCUGGUUUUUUCAGCUGGACUGUUAAAGAUUCUAUUGUGACAGCAACUUCAUUGGCUUUUUUAUGAAGCAUUAUUGAAGACUCUAGCUUUGGGAUUUCUCUCUGUUAGUAUUCUUAGAAGCAACAAAGAUGGCAGAGUUACCUAAUAGAGAGGCUGUGGUAAAGGACAUUCAGCAGUUUACAAAUGUUUGGGAUUGACAUGUGGAUAGAUGUUUUGGCAAAGCCUUGAUCUCUAGCAACCAUUGCCCCUAAGUCUUUAUGAACAGUAGCUUGGAUAAUAGACAGAGAGCUCCUAAUCUUCUAAUCUUUUCUUCAUGUGCUGUUUUGGUUCCUUUGUUUCAAUGUACCCAAAAAAGAAUGGCAAGAAAAGGUUUUUGUUGGUGUUUUAAAGGUAGUAGAAAUCAUGGGCUGGAAAGCUUUUACUGCCAAAGGUAUUAUUAAUUUAUUGUUUUACCCAUGUUUCCAUUCAAAAUUAUGCUUAUGGGUUGUCCUCAGUUUAGAAUUCCAUUAGCACAAGCUGAUUGGUUAGAAAAGGUAUGACAAAUUGACAGGUAAUUCAAAAUGAAUAAACUAGAAUUCUAAUUCUUAUA